AUGAAAGGCUCCAGAGUGCCUGCAGUGGCUUCGAGCCGCGCAUACGAGGAUGCUGCAGAGCGUAUUCUCGAACAGGACUCAUCAGCCGAUGUAGCCAUGGCUGGAUUCCCUGCAAGCUGGCGAGAGGCGCAGCUGCGCGUCUGCUUAGCGCCAGUCUGCGACUGUGACCGCCUCCAGCUGGUCAAGGACCAGAGCGGUAUCUCUGUGUGCGUGCUGCAGACAAGCCCUGGCACCAUCCCGGCCCUGCUCGUAGCGCGGUUGCGAACAAGCAACCUGGCACGGGAAGGACUUCGAGUGCUAUUGGCGGCGAAAAAAGAUGCACCCGAGGUACCAAAGGCACUCUCCCAGCACCAGUUCCAAGCCGAAGAGCGUGGCGCCUUGCACGGUCUGAGGUCUCAGACGGAGCUGAAUGGCAGUCCGUGCAGCAUAGUGAGAUUUGACGAGGAGUCGCGUCGAUGGCUUGUGCGACUGGACAUCGAGUCCGAGGACAAUGAGAUUCUGGUCUCAGCUGUGAACCUCUUGCCCCUCUGGUUGCCAGAGAAGGCAGGUCCUCUUCAUGAAAAUGCUGAAGCAGACGAAAAUGGCGCUGCUGCAAAGCAUGCUGAUGCAGAGGCGGAGGUAGUCGAGGAUGAGACCAUGGACGACGGGAAUCAUUGUGAAGCUGAAAACCGAGACAACGAGGCUGCACCUAACGGGGCAAGGGAGGAUUCCCUGGCGCAGACGCCUGGCGCCGAUGGAUCUCGAAGGAAGUCCCAAGCAGGCGAAGCAGCUGGCGAGGCUGGCGAGGCCGGCCCCACUGCUGCUGCACCUGCUGCCAAGGCAGAAGCCAGGGGAAGAGUGAAGAUGUCACAUGCCCUGGUUGUUACCGGAUUUCCGUUGUGGGAUCUGCAGCAGAUCACCCAGUACUUCGCUCGCUUUGGUGAAUUGCGUACCAUACUGGGCGCAACCAAAAACAAGAACGGAAAGAGGAAACUGCUGGUGGCAUAUUGCCGAAAAGUUAAUGCAAAGAGAAGCCAGGCGCAUGUCCAUGGAGCCGAGAUUGAUGGGCACAAGCUCAGCGCAGUAUUUGCAGCCGGAGUCUCAGAUUCUGAGGUAGCCUUGGCCAGAUCAGAUGAAGGGAGUGUCUGCAGUGUAGAAAUUCUCGAGAUGUCAAUAAUGGAAGUUGUAAUCCCAGGACGAUCCCGCCAACAAGCAGGCUGGCAUCCUGUCCAAGACGUCAAUUUUUACCACGAUCGCGGGAUCGCCUCGGCAUUCCAAACCCACCCCAUCACCCUCCCCCAACCUGGUUCCCGCUGA